CUCUACUUAGUCUGUGACUCUGUGUCUCAGUGUCAGGCCUGGGACGAAAUAUAUUUCUCAGAAAUCAUUGUUAUUUGAAGAAUAUUUUGUUUUCUCUUCGUAACAAUCAAUGAAAUCUUGAAAAUGGAAGGAUUUUGUAAAGGUUGUUUGAUUAAAUGUGAUGAUCCCUCUCAGCUUCUACAAUACACAGAGAAAAACCGGCGAUUGUAUGUGUAUUCUACUGGUUUACAGGUCAAGCGAAAUGAUCCUAUCCCUUUUCAACUCUGCAAAGAAUGUUUCAUAAACAUGAAACAGUCUUGUAAGUUCAAGAAGCAAUGCCGUACAUCAGACAAACACUUCAAGAAUUACUUAGCAUUGAAAGAAACAGGAGACACAACAGAUUUUUGUACAUAUCUCAAGAUUAAUGAUGACUCACUUAUGCUUCAAUUUCCCAUGGUCAAUAAAACACCUUCACAUAAAGCCAAUGAUUGUGACAAUGAAUCAACAUGUACAAGCAUCAGAAACUUUAUGUCGGAUAUUCUCCAAGCGGAUGAGAUCCCCGAUACGGAGGCAAGAAUCAUCAAAGAGGUUAUUGAGGAGGAGGCAGAUGUUCUGGAUGAUUCACUGGACUCUCAUUGGCUGCAGGACAAUGUCUCUAUUGAUACAGAUUUUCACCUUGAUUUUAAUUUCAGCCCAUUUUCUACACCCCGAUCUGGACAUAGUGAAUGUUUUCAAACUCCAAGAUCUUUAAACAGAGAACCCUUUCAAACACCUCAGAAAGAAAACAAUCAAUGCCAAAAAGCAGUUUUUGACCAAGAAAGUUUUAUUGCAGCCAAAAAAAUUCUACUUAGUUCAACACCAAGUUCAGAUAAGCAGAUAAGUGCUGAUAAUGAAAAUAUACCUGUGACAAUAACAGAAGAAAAUCUGGAAAACAUACAUACAGAAAACCUAGAAACUCAAGACACUGCAGAAUUCUCUGAAGAAAAUAAUCAAAUAGACAAUGCAGGCAAGCAAAUAGAAAUAAAUGAAAUUGAAGACAAUAAGGAUAAUAUAGAUCUAAACUUAGAAAAAGCAUUAAAAAAUACAGAUAAUACACAAUUUUCUUUGGAUGAUUUACUUGUUACACCAAAAAGUGAUGCCAGGCUAGCUACUCCACCAUUACAGCCUGGAACUUCAGGCUUUUCAACACCCACUAUACCAAAUAUUAUCUAUGAUAUUACGGUAGACGUAACACCAUUUGAGGAAAACAGCAAUUCGCCACAAGCUGAACAUGGCAUAGAAAAUGUUGAAGGCAGUGAAUCAGGUAUUCUAGAUGAUUUCUUCAAUAAAGAUACAGGGGAAUACAUUGGUGACAUUACUAAAAAUCAAGAAAAAGAAAUCUUUGAAGAUUUCCAAGCACAAGAUACAGUUCCAUUAGAAAAUUCUGACAAAAGUAAAUACGAUUUAUCUAAUUUGUCUUGUCUACUGUGCACUAAAAAAUAUAACACUUUAAAAGCUCUGAAGAUACAUUUCGCUAAAUUACACAAAUUCAAAAUCCUCGGUUCUAGAAAGAUUGUCACAGACGUGAUAUGUGACCACUGUGGAAAGACAUACCGUCAGUUAAAUUCCUUGAAAGAACACAUUAAAGUGAAACAUUAUAAUGAAAAUACAAAAUUAUUUGAAAAAAUAAAGUCAAAGGACUCUUAUAAUUACAAAUGCAAAUUAUGUUCAUUGGCAUAUAUUUCAAGACGUACGCUGUCUAAGCACAUGACGACACAUACUGGAAAACGGGUAUUGAACACUGGUAACAAAAAAUUCGUAUGUGAUGUUUGCUCUUUUGCAUGUUCUAACGUUAGUAAUCUGAAAACACAUAUACGUAGGAGGCAUACGAAGGAAUAUUUACAUCACUGCUCUGAGUGUGGGCGCGGGUUCUACAGGAAAACCGAAUUGGACACGCAUAUGAGAAGUCACAAUGGCGACCGUCCAUAUCUAUGUAUAUACUGCGCAAAAAGUUUCAGCCGCUGUGACUCGUUGAACACUCAUAUGAAACAGCAUACAAAUGAAAGACGUUUUGUAUGUACAUUCUGCGAAUCAUCUUUUGUAUCAGCAAGUUAUUUGAAUUGGCACUUGAAGAGUUCGAAGACUUGCAGGAGACUGAGGUUAGGAGAAUAUUUUAUCGACGGUGCAGGAGAAAAUUACUUGAAAUGGACUGUGUCGGUGCCAGAUUACAAUCAACGCAAACAUGGCAAACAACUUACACCAGUUGCGGAAGAUAUAGAAAUGACAGAUUUGCUAGAUAUGGAUCGUGAAGGUCCUUUGGAUUGUGACAGUGCCGAUUUGCCCGAUAUUGCUGAGGAUGGUACGGUUAAUAGGGCAGUAAAUGUGGCGAGCGAAGGUCUACCUACAGAUAUAGAUAGUUUAGAGAUCUAGCUCUUGACUGGGAGUACUGCGAUCUACAACGGUUGUUGUGACUAGUCAAAUGUGAAGAAUGUUGUGAACUGCGUAAAUAGUCUGCUGAUUGCUUCCAGCUGACCUUACAUGAUAUCAUGAAGCACUAAGGUAAAUGAAACAAAUGACAUCAAACAACAACACCUGAUUAUAUUUAAAUUUCUAGGUCGGCAUUAAAAAAAUAAAAAUACAAAACGAUGAAGUGUUAAGUUGAAAAAUUCACAUUGUAACAGAUUAUUUUUAAAUGCAAAUUAUUUCGUACUCAAGUCACAUAGCCAAUGCAUCUAGCCUGUACCUAUUACAAGUAAUAAUAAGAUUCUAAAACUAAACGUCUCACUACACAUAAUA